AUGGGCGGCGGACCACAAGCCCCCGACCUGUCGCACAGGCGGAAUGAAGUAUCAUCAACUUCACGAAUCUUCAAUCGAAAUCUCCAUGGCAUUGUUGAUAUGGGCAGCAAUGGUAUUCGUUUCUCCAUCACAGACCUUUCCUCGUCAACAGCACGUAUCCUGCCUACUCUCUACAGCUAUCGCCUUGGCAUCUCUCUGUACGAAGCUCAAUAUGACGACGAUGGGAAUCAGAUCCCAAUUCCCGAAGAUGUACAGAUGUCUGUCAUCGGAGCUUUCUUGCGCUUCGAGAUCUUCUGCUCUGACUUUGGUGUCCCGUUCGAGAAUAUCCGUAUCAUAGCAACCGAAGCGACUCGCAAGGCUCUGAACGGCGAGGAGUUCGUCGGUCGGGUCGCUAAAGAGACUGGUCUUAACGUCGAAAUUUUAUCCCAGGCUGGAGAAGGUCAAACAGGAGCAUGGGGAAUAGCCAGCAGUGCUUCCGACGUGGACGGACUGGUCAUGGAUCUAGGUGGUGGUAGUACCCAGAUUACAUGGAUGAUCACUACCGAUGGACACAUGGAAACGAGCCCUAAAGGUGCCUUUAGUUUCCCUUAUGGUGCCGCCGCUUUGACGCAAAGACUCCAGCUCAUUGAGAAGAAAGCCAAGUCGCCGGAAGAGGCCGAAGCCGCCAAAGAAGCUCUACGAAAGGAGAUGAAGGACAAUUUCCACCGUGCCUACUAUGGUCUAGAAGUUCCUGACGAGCUUGUCAAGAAGGCAGAGCGUGAAGGUGGCUUUACACUGUUUUUGUCUGGUGGAGGAUUCCGAGGUUGGGGUUACAUUUUACUAUACAUGGCACAGAAGCACAAGCGAGCUUAUCCUCUCAGUAUCAUCAACGGUUUCGUGGCGAGAAGAAAGGACUUCACCGAUGUCAGGAGGUUAAAGAAGGCUGCCAGAGAAGCUGAUCGGAUAUUCAGGGUGUCGGAUAGAAGAAGAGCUCAGGUUCCUGCAGUCGCCUUUCUGGUGAGCGUGCUGGCAGAAGUCAUACCUCACGGCAUCAAGGAGGCCAAUUUCUGUCAAGGUGGUGUCAGAGAAGGUAUAUUGUUCAAGGACCUGCCUCCGGAGAUUCGAACACAAGCACCGAUUGAGGUUGCUACAGCUCCAUACGCACGACCUCUUGCACCAAAGCUUGCUAAUUUAUUCUACGACUCUCUGCCGAAGCAGAAGCCAUCUCGCAAUGCUAUACUUGCUCUCGAAGAGAUUGAAGAUGGUUGGGCUGAGAUCCCAUCUUUCGAGUCAAAGAAGCACAUACCAGAUUCACUGUCGAUUCACAUCCUGCAUGGCUUUGCCAAUAUGAUCUACGUUCACGCCGACAUGAGCAAAGAACUCUCUUCAGCUGCAGCUUUGUACACGACGUCUUCAGGAGUGUUGGCUGACACGCACGGCACUUCGCAUCGCAACCGAGCAAUAAUGGCUCUACUACUCGACGCCCGAUACAAAGGCGAUCUGCCUCCUCGCGACUAUAACUAUCGAGAAGCGAUGCGGCGGCUGCUUACCCCUGCCGAAAUUUGGUGGAUCAAUUACCUUGGUGCAGUUGCGCUUGUACUUGGCAGAAUUUACCCUGCUGGCGGCGAGGACGAUCUUGAAGGUUUCGACAGUGACGAUGAAGGCGAAGGGGUUGACCCAGUUGCAAAGACAAACGGAUUGCACAGACCACACCACAAGAAACCACAUCUGAAACUCCAGGCAUGCUUCGCAGAGGAUCUGGGUAAGGACGGUAGGAAGCCUGGUAUUCGUCUGACAUUCAGGUUACGAAUGCGAGAAUCCAACAAGGACGAUCCUAUGAAGGUGAAAGAGUCCCUGGAGGAGUAUAUCAAGAAGAUCAAGAAAGUGGGCAAGAAGAAGAAUUGGGUGAAGACGAAUCGUUACCAUAAGGAGAAGCUGACGGCUGCUGAUGAUGACUGGUCUAGCACAGAUGACGAGGUUGAGGAGCAGGGACAGGAGGAUGAUGACAACGACCUGGGCUGGGGUAUGAAAGUCAAGGUCGAGGUCAAGGUUGAAUAUCCUUCGGCUAAGGACAGCGGGCGUGCGACUGCCGUGUAA